AUGUCUCUCUCAACUCUCCCACCUGAAAUCCUGUCGGAAAUAGCAAAGCUGCUUGAGGAUCGAGAUCGGAAUACUUGGGCACUUGUAGAUAAAUUCUCAUACCACGUCCUCCUGGCUAUGCGAUACUGUACUAUCACUAUAGAUGCGUAUAAUGCUUGGGAUUUCAUCACUUACGCCCAAUCUUGCAGUUUGGAAUACUGUAGGAAGUUGAAUGUACAUUGUAUAACCCACUGCGGCCCAACAACCCUCACGCAAUCCCUCCUCGCAGCGUCUAAAUUCGCUGAUGGUCAGAUAACGCACCUCUCCUGGGCUCUAGAGCGCGGAUCCUUGUCGAACGAGAUUGAAACCUCGGAUUUGUUUGUAAAACAGAGUGAGCUGCGAGUUUUGAAACUUUCGCCCUGGCCAGACGACCAACCAUACCCUACCAGCAUAAUCAGUCUGACGCAGUUGCGGGAGCUCGAAUUCUCAAUUUUCACUUCGAGGACACAGAAACUCGUGAACGGCGAGUUGAUUCGAGACGUGCUGCGUAAUAAUCCAACGCUGGAGAUCUUGCGGUUUGUGCGUCCGACUGAGGGACAUAAUCCAAGGGGUAUUAGGGGGGAGGAGUGGAGGGAAUUAUUGACUUGCUCUGAGACGGAAGGACAUGUCCAGCAUCCAAUUGGAGUCAGAGAAUUCGUGCUACGCCAUUGUAGCGCUCAAGAUGGAUACGAGUCUUUCCCGUGGGAAGUUGUUGGUUUUGGAAAUCUCGAGAUACUGAGCUUUGAGCAAACCAUCGAUGUAGCGGCGGAUUUGGGAUAUCUCGCCACCAUCACGCCGGAGAAUUGGGGGCUUGAGAGGUUGGAGAUAGGGCUGUGGAAUCAUUGUAUGCGACACGCCCCGGAACAAGUCAGUGCGAUAGAGAGGUUUUUGAUGCAUGGGAAUUUCUGCGGGUUGAGGCAUCUGCGUGUCGAGCUUCCUGGUGGGAGACGAUUGUUGAGCGCGGCGUCAAUUUCGCAGCACGAAAGGCUUGAGACAUUGGCUAUUUCUGCGACCGACGACGAUGGCUGGCUCCUAGCAUUUUCACCCGCUGAGAUCCACGAGAUCGUAACGGCUUGUCAGAGCCUACACACCCUGAAAUGCGUGCUUCCUGCCCUUUCAAACGCGGAAUUCUACGAAAACCUGGCUAAGUCUACUUCCAUAAAACAGCUUCAAGUGAUCGGUCUUCAAUCGCCCCGUACGAAGACGCCGGCGUGGUCGUGGCCGAGGGAUGUAAGUCAUUUCGAUCCGGUGCCUAGGGGGAUGAUGGAGGAUGUCAGUCGUGAGAUUUUCGGGUUGUGUGGGAGGUUGGAGGUGUUGGGGUUGCAUGUUAGCGAGCACUAUUGCGAGAACUGGGAGGCGGAGAUGAGAUAUUAUCGAUACAAUUCGCCAGCUAAUUAG